AUGGCGUAUUCCAACCUCCCGCACCCCGACCGCAUUUGCAAAAUUAAGCUAGAUGCAUUUAAUUCGAUUCUUCAAAAUGUCAGGCUGUACGCGGAAGGUCUCGAUGCGAGUUCAGAGACUACCAUAAAUACGUUAUCUGGCUUUGCUCUGUUACCACUUUUUAGCAUUCACUUAUCUAGACUUCAUACAAUGUGCUAUAUAUCCAGUGACAUCUUUACUCAAUGUCGCAGUACGGGACUCUUUUUUUGUUGA